ACCGUUUGAUGGACCCCUAAGGAGAGCCUUGCCAAAAGUCCCACAGAAUCCCACCGUGCAGAUCGGCCCAAAUGGCGAUGAAAGUUCAAAAUUUUGAACAUUAAUUUUUUCCACUGUUCAAAAUUCUUUUAUGAAGUUUGAGAUUUAAUUGCGGCCAAACCAGUAGGAAAUCGCAUAAAACACUAUUUCGUAACGUCCAAGGCACAAGUCUGAUGAACAAAAUGAGCUUUAAACGGAAUAUCUGCGACCAAAAUUGACGUAGCUAUGGCGCGGCAGCCCGCUCUCGCCGCAGUAACCGCGCAAUAUAGGGUGAUUCCACGAUCGAGUACAAAAUCGUGUCUCCGAGAAUAAAUUCAAUAUUUCUGGAUGAAAAGUUUGGAACUUGUCUAAGGCUGUAUUUACCUCCCAACUAUAUAAUCCCGAUCGAAAACGACAGGUUCUUUUUCAAAUUUAAAAGAAUAUUCAAUUAAAGUAAGCUAAAUGUCAACUCCUUCACGGUCCCCGCCCCUAGCUGGCUGCUUUAUUUUUCCUCCUUCCCAGCCAGAAAGACAUGCUCUACUAGACGUCUAGCCGACGUCUAGAGAUCUACAGGAGAUCUAUGUCUAGAGGACGUCUAAAUUUCACAAAAUUAGACACAUCUGAAUUUGUGCAUUCUGAUUGGGAUGUUGCAAGAGUAGCAGUUUUGCGUUUUCUUAAAACAUGUGACCUAGCAAAGCAGACAUAUAGUGCUUUUUGCAAGUUUCCAAACUAUGAAUCUGGCAGUGACAACGCCAUGGAGAGGGGAAUGCGAGAAGCUGUGAUGAUUUCCUUGGACUCUCUGGAUCAAACCGUUCGUUCUUUUGGGAUGGAUGAAAACUCUGGCUUCCAGGACAAUUCACCUCUUUUUGAAGACUCUAAUCAUGAAAUCGUUGGAAGUCAUCUGAUGUUAAUUGAUGAUGAUGGCCUUACUUACAAUUUUGCUGAAGAAACUGAAUGCCCUAAAGAUCCCUCCCCUGGCCAUAUUUCUGGUGCUGCUGACAGUGAACAAGUUGAGAGUGAAAUAGCUACUGAAGGAAGUGAAUCUGUUGGUUUUCAUACUGAACUCAAUGUGACAAAUGAUAGUGGCUCUCCUGCUCAACAGAAUUUAGCAAAUGAUAAGGAUAGUGCGGCUCAACUUCAUGACGACUCUGAUAAGGAAAACAAUGAAAGCCUAGUGAUAUCUCCGAACCACUCCCUUGCUGAAAAGAGUAAAGGAGUAAAGGAGAAAUCAGCAAAACAGAAAUGAGAUAGGGCUCUUGGUCGCAUUGAAAGAUUGCUGGGGAGACUUGAUUCCAAGAUGGAUAUGAUCCUUAAUAAUCAGAGCAAAGUAAAUCGUGCCUUGAUGCCCCAUAAGAAAAGACUCCAAAGGCCCGCAUAGUGCCGCAAAUUUCCUAUCAGGAAGCCAAAACACUUUGAAAAAUUGGAAGAGCAUCUAAAUGAUGCUGAAAAAUUAAGUGAAUUGGUAAGUUUUACCAAGAGUAAGAUUAAUGUCAGUUCUGUCUGGAAAUGUUUUUAUUUUUGACAAUUUGUGCCUCUUGCAGACUUACUACUUAGAGGCAUUAGGAAUCCCCUCUGAGGACGAUGAAGCAGUGUAAACAUUGAUGCCUAAUGUUCUUUCUAAUUGGAUGGCUACCAGAUAUUCCUUUGAUGGGAUGGGUUCAAAAUUUCCAUUUUAGCAUACACGAUUUUGGGAGGCGCUUGAGGGUAUAGAUAAGGAAAUAUGGUUCCGAAUCUCUUCGCCUUUCAACUUUAUUCCAAUCGAUGCAAGUUCGUUUUAAUUUUAAUUAUGCUAACUUCGGUUUUAUAAUUUUCAGCUGCCCUUUACAUGCAAUACCAAUCGUCAUUGAAAUCUGUUAACAAGGACUUGCGCUCUUGGCUAAGAAAUGCCAAGGGCCGAGCCGGUGGAAAGGAUCCACCAUGAUGCCAACGAUGCAGAACAAGAUGGAAAUGAAGAUAACGAUUCGGUGGAUUCUGAAUAGGAUUUGGGAUGAUUUUUGUGCUGAUGAUGAUUUCAUGUGCUAUCGAAUGUUUUUUGUUGAUCUUUGUUUUUGUAUCAGUGUAAUCCAAAGAAAUAUUUAUUUUUUUACUGUUUUUGUUGAGUUAAAGACUGAUUUUUUUGAAAUUAAAUAUGUAUUGAUAUUUUGCCAUGUUGUAGUCCUUCUCUUUCCCUUUAUACUCAGCCAAAAUGCAUGAUUAAAACGCCCUCGCUCAUGAGCUGAGCCAAUGACUAUUGCACGUCUACACGACAACUCCGAGACGUCUGAUAGACGUAUUUAAUUUCUAUUCAAGGUCUUACAGGCGUCUAAUAGACGUCGAAGUCGCCGACGUCGUAUAGACGUCUUGUCGACGUCUAUCUAAAUCAUGUCUAAAUCAGUACCAAAUAGACGUCUACGUAGACGCGAACUUCGACUUUAUCUAGACUCGAUCUGACGUCGGCUAGACGUCUAGUAGAUCAUGGCUUUCUGGCUGGGAAUUGGUGUUGUUUUGAUGGUAUUCAAUACUUACAACGGUUGGAAUCAAUUAUUAAAUUGACGAGCUACAAGAUGUGUACAUCGUUAUUGUGUUUCAUUCUCCAGUUUACCUAAAAACAACAACGAAAACAGUGUCCCCGAAUCUAGACCUCAGCGUGACGGAGUUGACAAUCAAUGUAGAUUUAUCAGGUAAAGGGGUUAUGUAGAACAAAACUCAUGGAAAUAACAUGAAAUUCAAUCAAUUUGAGGAAGAAAUGGACCCAGAUCGAAAGUUUGCGCCGUCUCGUGUUCUUCUCAGCACACAAAAUAUGUUAAGUUUCGGAGCGUAUGUUUUUGUGGGUAACCUCUUCGAACCAAGAUUUUUUCGAUAACUAGCAAAACUAACAAGAGAUUUUUGUGUCUUGGCUUUGACCAGGUUCACGAACAAAAUAACGCAGUAGUAAAGGGCUAUGGCCUCACUUAAUAAUCCCAACGAACUACGCCGCUGGAUAUCACCUACGGAAGUUCAGCGCAUUCUAAGCGGUUUUAGAUCCAGCUCCUCUACCCGCGAGAAGAGCGACCUACACCACGAGCAAUACGCUGCUUCUCAGCAGAAGGCCCAAAUAAUUCGAGACUUACAGGCAGCGUUCCUGGAGCAACGAAACCCGUUUCUUUUUCCCUCUCCCGAACUAUUGGCAAUUGAUACGCACGUGAUAGUGGUCGAGAAGGGCAGUAAACAACACAGAAGCUGCUACGAGAAAGGACUCAAGCAGUGUACCGCAUUUCUAACGGAGCGGCUCGCCAGACCGACCUCCGUCUUCUCACCGAUAAGAAGAAACAACACGGAAAUAUUUCUGGCUCGUAAGAAAAACAUAAAGGGAAUGAGCGUCAGUGUGAAAGCUUUGGAGGCAGAUGUGGACUUGUUUUCUCGCCUGUAUAUGACUAUGGGAAAGCGACACUAAUACCCAAACGAAUUCUUUAAGUACGAAAACCAGCCCUUUCCCGCCUGCCUGUCCAAAGAAGGGGGGCUGUUCCCUCACAAUAAGUCUGAUCUUGUCUCUCUUUUGGAGAAUAUGUCUGAAGGACUCGAAACGUCACCACUUUUUUCAGUUGGCGUUUCUGUACGAUAGGGCUGCUAUCGUUCCCAUCAUCCGGCCUCGCCUCGUGAAGACUAUCGAAGAAUACUUUGAUUUAAAAUUGAUGAGCCUAUUCACAUCCGAAAUAGAGAAGGUUUCGAAUUGAUUUAGUCUGGGAAAUGUACUUCGAAAGCAGCCUAAAAAAAUUCUAACGCUAACGGGUCAAUCGGCCCCUUAAGUUUUAACGAACAACCAUAUACACACGAAGAAAUAAUCAUUCAAUUAAUCACUUCAGUAGAUUGAGCGUUGAAAAUUAGAAGAUAGGGAAGUCUUCAAAACUUGAUGGUUAGUGUUGUGGCUCUUCGUUUAGAAGUCUCCACAAUAACAAAACCAACAGCGAGGCAAGCGCCUUAUAGAAACUGUUCCGUUGGCAUUACCCGGCUAUGCCAACUUUUACUUAUAGUUAAAACUAUCCAAACACAUGUUAUUUAACCACCUCUGAAGUGAAUAUUGCUGUAAAGUGUGUACACUACAUCGGACCGGCUUUCCACCACACUCCAUCCCUGCGCAUGCGCAACCACUCCCCCGUGCGUUGCCAUGGUGCAUUCUUGUAGCUAGCUCACUUAUGCUCUGGCUCCCGCCGAGAAAAAAGACCUUAAUACUCUAUAUCCUGAUUGAUUACAAUAUGAAAACGCCAAACUAGGGUUAUUAAAGGUGGGUUGAACAUAAAAGUAAGGAGGGUGCAUCACUUAAUUUAUCCAAAAACAUGAAUCGAGUUUGUUUGCAAAGGUUGGUACUAUUGUUAGAAGCCACGCCUCCUUUCCACCCAGUAUUGUCGUAGCCACGACCAUUUCUAAACAAACUGUGCAGCUUUGAUUAUAAAUCGGUAGAAUUUGUGAUUGGAAUAUCUUAUGGCAUCGGUUUAAAGCUUACUCGGUAGCUUAAGGAACCGUGCACAAUCGGCUCGAUUAGAUUACCCUGCUUAAAUCAAUACUAGGUGCACUAGAAAUUUAAAACAAGACACACAGAGUAAGAGUAAACGUCGUACAUUAUUCGUUCUCGACUGGAACGACGAACGAAAAUUUUGAACUCACCGU